AUGGAUGAACAUCUGCCAAGACUAGUGUCGGACCUGGCAUCCUCGGCGGAAGGCCUCAUGGCACUGAAUAAGACCAUGGGCUUGCGAGUCAGUUUCGGGCACCUUAUCAUUGCCAAGAGACCGAGAGGUACAGAAGAUGAAAUCACAUUCGACCAUUUCACCACACUUAUGAACAUGUAUCCCAGUCGUGGAGGAGCCUCAAUGGUAACCAGGCUUGGAGACGCUCACGAGGCGGAGAAACUCUUGCAGUAUAUCUCAUGCCCAGAGGCAGGCAUCUGCAAGAACAUAAAGGACAUGAGGCGAGGUUGUGAAGUGGUUGUAGUGGCUAACAGUCUGCAAAUCAAGACUGAGGCCGACUACAACCCCCAACUUACGCAACUAGCAAUGGUCCGCGCUACGAGGCCAGAGACCCGGGCACGUUGGAGUUGGACGACUGCUGCUCCUGACAUGGAACACGAUUGGAACAUUCGAAUGGAUGCUUGGGACAAAGUGGACGUCCCAACAGAGUUUAGAGAUCUUGCAAAGAGAAUAUCGGUUGUCUUCAAGCCAGACGAGGGCACCAUUCUCCCUUUGCCAAAUGUCGACACAAGUAAACUUGCGAUCCCCGAUGAACAAUUCACUGAAAUUCAGGCAAGAUCUUGGGCAAUCAUUCCAUUCAAAGAAUCCCCCUAUGUCCUCAAGAUCAACAUCACCAAGACUCUAAAGGGAUCUCGUACGAUUGGGCAGCAAAAUAGUACUUGGGGUGUUGAAUUAUACGCCCCCCACUGGGAGGAAAGUCUGAACUACUCCAGUGGUGGCCGAAAGGACUGGGGGGAGGGGCUCGAGAAUAUUUGGGAGGAAGGUGGUGAUCUCCAGUCGAGGCUCAAAUGCUUCUUGCGGACCAUUAUGGAGGUCCAAGCCCUCCUGAACAGCGUGCAUGCUGGUACUGCCUUGUCAUAG